GACAGGAAAGCAUAACAUCCGAAUAAGGGCGGAAGUAGUCAAGGCGCCAAAAUCGAAACGUUUUUGUCUGCUACACGAGAGAAGGUAAACAAACCGCUCGCUUUGCACAAUCUGAACUCGUCUUUUUGAAAAUGGACCCGACGAGUCAGUUUUUUAGCAGGCUCAGAAAGCUGGCGGUGACCGUAGAAUCGGAAACCGCUAAGCUUCUUCACGACUUUGAGAACCGCGGCGGCGAGGAUGACACCGAAAAUACAGCGAGAGCGAUGCGAGCAUACCAUGAAGUGAACUGUGAAGUCGGGAACCUAAAGGAGCAGAUCCAGGAGCAGUUGAAUCAGCAGAAAGCUCAGGCAAAGGAGGUGAGCGACUUCAUUGAGACUAACACACUGCUCCAGAAGAGACUGACUGAGGACAUCCAAGCUCUGAGGAGACACUGGGAGAAUUACGGAUACACUGCUCCUCAGAGGUCAAAUGGUAACAACAAUGAAACCCAAUGUCAGGAGCCAGAAGCUAAAGUAGCAGAUGAGAAUGAAACAAAGUCAGAAGAAGAGGAGGAGAGAAGCCAGGAGGCAGCUGGAGGCCUCUUAUCUCCUCCAACUGUAGUAUCACCAUCUGUCGUUGAUGGGCAUCGAACCCCACAGCUGUCUGACUUUGGUCUUUCUGAAAUACAGCUGAAGAGGGUUCUGGCAGGGGCAUACAGUUGCUCUGAAGUGCCCCCUAUGCCUGAAAUGAACUUUCCCCAAACAUCACUCACCACACCUGAACUGCCACCCAUGCCCAUAACUCCUAAAUGUGUCCUUCGGAUGGAUGAAGAUGAGCUACAAACACCUCAGUUGCAUGACUUUGGAAUCUCAGAGCACACAAUGUGUCUGAACAAUGACUUUACUAUGAAUCUUUUCCGAAAAAACGCUGAAAAGCCCCAAAGACAAGGUCAGGAUUUAUCUGAACCACCAUCGACCUUUCAGAUGGAGCGUUUACAGAGCAACGAUGAAUUAGAGUCCCCAGAGCCACCUGUGUUUUGCACCCCGGGUCUCAAGCUCAAAAAGACAAACUGUCAGUCUUCCCCACCUGCACAAGAAAUUGGUGAGCCAGCAAACCUGCCCACCACACCAGAGGUGCCAGCUUUUCAAACUCCGUAUCUGAAUCGACUGACCAGCACCAAGAAGGUGCACCAAAAGAGUUCACAGCAAUCUGAUGGUGAUGGCAGCCCCACCUUUGAACUUUCAUCACCCCCUCAUAACGGAGCAACCGCCUCCAAACGCACCUGGGCAUACAAUAUGCCAGAACUGUCCAUCAUGGGUGAGGAUGACUGUCAGCUGCCAGAGAUGCCGAACCUGGAAUCGGUUCUGGGGAGUGUUUUACAGAGUAAAUGUUCAAAAAUCAUAAAAAAGACUGAUGAGGAGGUUGAAAAGGUGCCCAAAGAUUCCAAUGUCAACCGUCUGGAGCUGGGGGGAGCCACGCAGGAGUUCAGCCUGGGGACACCUAGCGUUUGGAUGGACUCCCAGGAGCCAGGCACCCCAGAGAUGCCAGACCUCAGCUCUGUUACACAGGACAUCUGCAAACUUGUUUCCAAGGCUCAGUUUAAAAAGGCUUCUCUGGCAGAUGUGCAUCGACAUGUAAUACUAGAAAAAGAGACAAACAGAGCGAUACGUCUAUCUGUGGUAUCAGAGAGUGAGUUCCAGAGUUUACCCAGCUACCUGAAGCAGAUGACGCUGCACAACCUCAACCAGGCAGUUCACAGCAUUAAUAAAUUCACAGAAGAGCACCAAGGACAAGUUACAGAGCUUCAGAUUGAGCAGCUAAGAAAUAUUACAAACUUUGGUACCAAGACACCUGUAUACGUGCUUUGUUUAACUGAACUCAAGAGGCUGAAGUGUGUGAAAGGAGCAAGUAACACGUCUCUGUAUAAACUGUGCACAAACAACUAAAGGUUUCUGAAUGUAAUGGGCACUGGAUACUGUCAUACAUCCACCAUCAACAAUCCAAGCUUUUCUUUGUCUAUUAAGUUUAGUCCACAAAAAAAUAUGGAAUAAGUUAAUUACUAGCUAAGAAAACAGCCAAUUAAUAGCAGAGAAAACAGUCUGGGUUAGAUAAUUAUUUUAUUACAAUAAUUUUAUCUAGGCUGUAAAGAGUUGAUUGAUACUCUGCACUUCUUUUAAUAUUUGUAUGUAAAUUUAAAUGGAAAAAUAAAAGCACAUUCUGGACAUAC